GUACUGCGUGCGUCAUUGCGGGUAAGCUAACUUUACCAGUCAGGAAGUACAGUAGGUCUACAGUGGCUGUCAACUAAUUAACGUGACGGAUGACGACUGCGGGAGAUCUAACUGCUUGAGAAAUACAUUUGAGAUAGCCAACCAUCCUCAGGAGAACAGCCCUAAUUUCUCCAAUGAGAUGUCGCAGGUUUAACUCGUUUAGAUCAGCAUCAGUAAUCCAACUGCGGCGCGGAUCUUCCCUCCUCACCACACUAGACAGGUCAAGGCGCGCAGCACAAUGUUAUUCAAGCAAUGAAUCCUGCGAAUUUCACUAGAACUGGAAGGAAUACAGAAGAAUAUAUAUUUGCGGUUGGUACUUACAAACUCCUUGCCUUUGCUAUCGGAACAAUUGGACUCUUCGGAUUUUGCAACAAUAUUAUUGUCAUCAUGCUGUACUACAGAUUCAAGAGACUCCGGACGCCCACAAAUUUGUUAAUAGUAAACAUAAGUAUAAGUGACUUGUUGGUGUCUGUCAUUGGAAUUAACUUUACGUUUGUUUCGUGCAUCAAAGGCGGAUGGGACUGGAACGCGGCAACAUGCGUCUGGGACGGAUUCAGCAACAGCUUAUUCGGCAUCGUGUCCAUCAUGAGUCUCUCAGCUCUGGCCUACGAGCGCUACAUCCGGGUGGUCUAUGCUCAGGUGGUGGACUUCCCCUGGGCCUGGAGGUGCAUCACCCACAUCUGGCUCUACUCCCUGGCCUGGACAGGGGCCCCUCUCCUGGGUUGGAACCGCUACACUCUGGAGAUCCACCAGUUAGGCUGCUCCCUGGACUGGACAUCCAAGGACCCUAUCGACGCCUCCUUCAUUCUCCUCUUUCUCCUGGCCUGCUUCUUUGUCCCUGUGGGCAUUAUGAUUUACUGCUAUAUGAACAUUCUCUACACGGUGCGAAUGCUCCGCUCCAUCCAGGACCUUCAGACAGUGCAGAUCAUUAAGAUCCUGCGCUAUGAGAAGAAGGUGGCUGUCAUGUUCUUGCUGAUGAUUUCCUGUUUCCUGGUGUGCUGGACACCAUAUGCCGUGGUGUCCAUGAUGGAAGCCUUUGGCAGGAAGAGCAUGGUCACCCCCGCCAUCGCCAUCAUCCCCUCCUUCUUCGCUAAAUCCAGCACGACCUAUAACCCUCUCAUCUACAUGACCAUGAGCAGAAAGUUCCGGCGCUGCUUGCUGCAGCUGCUGUGCUCCCAGCUCUCGUGGAUUCAGAGCAGCAUCAAGGACCGCCCCCUGGCCCGGAGCAUCGAGCGGCCUAUUCGCCCAAUCGUCAUGUCCCACCGAAGAGGCGGGGAACGACCAAAGAAGAGGGUGACCUUCAGCUCCUCCUCCAUUGUCUUCAUCAUCGCCAGCAAUGACGUGCACCACCUGGACACCACCUCCAAGAGCGGCGGUAUGUCGUCAGAGGGCAUCCAGGUGCGGCCGCUGUGACCGAGCAUUAUGGGUACUGUAGUACAUCGUGCUACGCCCAUGUCACCAUGGGAACUGACUAAUCACCUCAUAUCACCUGUUCCUCUGUAAACCUCAGAACUUAUUCUCAUGAAACACAGAACCCAGAAGAUCCAAAACACCCUUCUGACACAAGACUAUUGUUACUCUUUUAAGCCUUUUCAAGAUCCAUCACUAUAAACCGUAGAGACUUAUUCCCAACCCUUUUUCACUGUGCAUCAGAAGGAACAAACCCUUCCCUGGAAGUGUUCAUUGUCCUGUAUUCAGACUGUCUCACCGUGAACGCUGUGAAACACUCCAUUCCACCAUUUAUCCAUCAGUUGUGGUAACCGAAUGAUGUAGCUGUGAGGUUGUGACCUAUUUCUCUUGUCUUGAACUGUCUUUGGCAUAGUCUGAUGCUGAGCUGAGUGUUUUUAAACAGUACCUCCUGCGUCAUAACGGAGGCCAGCAGUGUUAAUGGAGAAAGUGAUGUUGAUUAUUACUAUUUCCCUGGUUGGCAGCACUAUUGGGCUUCAUGAACUUAUAGGGAAAAGCCUUACAAUAUUGCAGCAGCAAAUUCUGCACAACACUCUCCCUGCCUUUGUCACGUCCAGAUACAUUAAAUAUAUCCUAUAUUCUGGGGUGAAAGUGGAUUUCAUUUCUUCCCGGUGCGGGGACUUCCUGUAUGUGUGCACGCACUUCAUUCUUUUUUUUAUGGGCCUAUUCAUAGAAUACAUAUAUAAUCCAUAUUCAUUUAAUAGGAUCUCUAUGGCCUAUUCAUAGUAUUACAUAUAUAAUCCCUAUUCAUUUAAUAGGAUCUCUAGGGGCCUAUUCAUAGAAUUACAUAUAUAAUCCCUAUUCAUUUAAAUAGGAUCUCUAUGGGCCUAUUCAUAGAAUUACAUAUAUAAUCCCUAUUCAUUUAAUAGGAUCUCUAUGGGCUUAUUCAUAGAAUUACAUAUAUAAUCCCUAUUCAUUUAAUAGGAUCUCUAUGGACCUAUUCAUAGAAUUACAUAUAUAAUCCAUAUUCAUUUAAUAGGAUCUCUAUGGACCUAUUCAUAGUAUUACAUAUAUAAUCCCUAUUCAUUUAAUAGGAUCUCUAUGGACCUAUUCAUAGAAUUACAUAUAUAAUCCCUAUUCAUUUAAUAGGAUCUCUAUGGACCUAUUCAUAGAAUACAUAUAUAAUCCCUAUUCAUUUAAUAGGAUCUCUAUGGGCCUAAUAGUCCAGAUUUGUUGUUUAACUUUUAAAAUGUAUUAGCCUACCUUUUAAUGUGGCAUAAACACAACCAGUCAUUAAGUUUUCAACUGAUUGUCAAACAAUUACUUCAACAGGUUAAUGUAGGCUACCUGUGCAUGUUACCCAGGGACGGCAGAACGAUUUUUUGACAGGGGUUGCGGUAAAAAAAAAUCAGAUUAUGACUUCCGACGUUUGUUAGGCUAUUUGUUAGUCAACUUGUCUGUAAUUAGAUACGUGCAUGUUGUCUUCUGUCAUUACUCGAUGCUCGUCUAGCAUACUAAAUAAAGCCUCGCUCACCAGAAUAAUGUCAUAAACCGAUCACUGCAUCAUCAACAAUA